UUAUAAAGGUUGACUGCCGGGAGCUGGCAACCCCAUGUGGCGAAUAGCAUGUCACUCAGAAGAUAACAGAAGUUUCCAGGUGUGUGAGAGUAUGCAAAUUUUAGCAUCGCUAAAGGGUUUGAGUUUCCCAUAACUUGCCAACUACUUCAUCGUAACAUAAGAACACGAAACACGAAGGAGAUUUCAUCCGUCGAGUUUUGUUUUAACGAUUCGUGAUUGUUAAGUCAGAAACUGACCCAAAAGAAGACGAAGGAGGCCAUAAAGAAGUCUGCAAAUACUUUACAUGGUUUCCGUUGGUGAACCAAACGAGGCCAAGGUUUGUUGUUAUUGAAACCAGGUUUUUUGCAGAUGACCCUCUGAAUGGUUUAGAACGCGUGCUUCUCUGGUCAAGAAGUUAACAAGAUGUCGAGAGGGACCCAAGGGUUCAGCUGGUCCCAGGACUUCCUCUUACUCUUUACUCUGGUUCCUGCGGUGGUUGGGCAGUUUACUCUACCGUUCCUUUACAUGCCUUUAAAAAGCCUGCUUCCAAAAUAUUUCGGAGCAAACGAAAAAGAUCUGAAAGUAACCACUGAGCACGUGAGAAUCUUGUCUUAUUGGUCUUUGGAAAAAGCAUAUUCUGAAAAUAUGACUAAUAUUUUGAGUCGAUUGGCAAAAACCGAUUUUUACCAGCCAUUAUCAUUUACAGCCGCUGAUUUGAAAGACUUAAGCUAUCAAUGGACAUACGAGAUUCCAUUUGGAAGUGUUAAUGAUUCUUUGAGUAAUGACAGCGUCGCCCUAACAUUAAACGCAGCAGAUUUCCAACAGGAACUCUUGAAAUAUACGGGUGAAAAAUUCUUAUUUACUGUCAACAAUGUGGCGUUAAGGUUAAAAAUUCCAAUAAGAAAUCUCUCUCACUCUUAUGAUCCUGGAGACUGGGAGACUGUCGUAAAUGCAAUGGUUUCAGAGAGUUCUUUGGCAUUUAGCAACAAACUCCAACUCUCAUCCGUGGAUGCCUUAGCACGACUGAUGAAAGUAGAGACACAGGAAUUACUAAAACUUACCCUUGGCGCUUUUGAGAAACUGGUUUUUCCUCUCCCUCCAAAGAAGGCGAUUCUUGACGGAAACACGACAUCCACGAUUUUCAAUUCUUCAGAUAUCUCAGAGGCUUUAUAUCCUGAGAGUACUUUGUCAGAAGCCCUAAAACAUGAGGAAAUUAAACUUUCUCCUCAACAAUUCGGUAUUUUGUACAACAUGAGUGUAGAGCAAAUCAAGACUUUAGACCGAUCGACUCUGAAACAGAUUUAUCACAUGUGCAUGAUUCCUAUUCAGGACCUUCUGAAAAAAACGUUGCCUGAUGCUUCUGUAAAUGUUUUUGGAUCAGUUUCUCGUGCACCUCCAUGUCCAGUGUUGAUCAAAAUAAAAGGGAAUUCGAUUUCCUCGUUUCAAACCAACCCAGUGAUCACCUCCGAACAGACGACUGUGCUAAGAAUUCUCACAGAAGUUGCCAAUCUAUCUUGGCACGCCGUCCGCUGGUCGGUAGAUGCUUCUUUAUCGGACUGGGAGUUUCUAGAUGCUGUAACACUCCCACAACUUGCUGAAAUCUCAGGAUAUGAAGAAAAAAGUUUGCGAAACGAUUCUGUGAGCGAGUUAGUCAAACUUGUAUUCUCCCUAAGGGAAAAUGGAACCCUUGACAACUCGACGGAGAGCUAUCGUGUAUUCAUUGCAAAGAGGCUGAUGGAGACAUUCAACCUAACAUUGAACGAGGUGGCUACGUUAACAGGGAUGGCUGAUGGUUCUUUGGUGAAAGUUUCGUCCCCUUUUCUGUUCAAAAGCUUUUUCAAUGCAACAGUUGUCUACUUCAAGCUGAAUUCAAGUGAAGUUAUCAAGGCUCUGCAGACGACAGAAGAAGAUCUUCACUACUUACCGAGACAAGAAUGGAAUGACACGAUUCCUGUCAUAAUUGACGCUGUAGUUAAAAUCGAGGCCACAAAGUUGCAAAUGUCAGUCGCAAACCUGUUUCAGUUGAUAGGAUACAACUCUAAUGAGCUUACCAUUUCUCAGCUGAAGAGGAUUAUCGGAACUCGGAUCCAAGAGGUUACUGAGAAGAAAGCGAGGUUUGAGAGCGAUCCCAUAAGCUGGCAUUUAGCCAAUAAUUCUAUCUCAGAUGCUGAUUAUUUGAACACGUCGGUUCAUACCUUGUUGUUAUCUGGAGGUGGCUUCACAGAUGUAGAACUAAACCUCGUUUACGAUCUCAAACCUGAUCAACUAUUCAUCCUCGAAGGUCUGCAGUUUAGCGACCUACCUCGUGUUUGUCAGUUUAAUACCUCUUCUGCUAAAGAUAAAACACUCUACAACAUUACAAAAGAGCUGGUUGGAAUAAGAGAAUAUCCAGCUUUGUGUGGAACAACAAGAUUUUAUGUGAAUGGAAGAAACAGGAACAUGUCUUACUUGCAAACAGCUUUCAUUAUUAUUGAAAACUCGACUGUUUCAUUCGUGAAUCUUGUUGAAAUGGUGACAAGACUUCCAUGGCGGAAAAACGUGUGGGCUUUCGGUUUGAAAAUGGAAGACUGGACAGCGCUUUAUGUUCUAAAUCAAGAAACAUUUAGAAACGUCACUGGUUUUAGCUUUGAUGUGUUUCGGUCCAAAACGCUCUUGCAGGUAUUUCAAGACUGUUUACAGCUUCAGGCGGACGAAGGUACAGGUUUUCGUAUGAGAGAAAGCCAAAGCAAGGGACCCACGUUGGACAUUAUUAACGACCUGUUCAACACAAACGCAGACGAACUCAUUCGGUUUGGAGACAUGGCCAGAGCGGAUUUUGAGAAGCUGUCUCCAUUUGAAGUGGUUCCACUGGUGUACAAAUAUCUGGAGGUAAAGUUCAGCGUAUCAUUAAAAACACUAGAAGCAUCGCUGAAAUUGCAGCCUGGAAAUAUAAAUAAGCUCGCACCAACCGAAUGGAAAGAGGUGAUUCCUUUUGUGAGGGCAGAAGUCAUUCGAAGUGGCCGUCGGCAGCUUCAUGUUAGUCUGUCAAAUUUCGCAAAGCUGCAACAAGAAACAGUGGAGAGCCUCCAGAACUUAACUCUGGCACAGUUGGAAUCAAAAUGGGACGACAGUGUGAUCAGGCUUUUAAAUGGUAAAAUGGCCAUGGAAAAUGAGUCAGUGCUUCAUAUCAUAACGUCUGUUGGCCUUUCAAAGGAGCCUCUUGGAGAGAUGACUGUAUUGGAUUUCACUGAAAACAAGAUAAACCUGACAAAAUCAGAACUAUUGCUACUUUACAACUUCAGCUCCAUUGGAAUUGAAGCACUUGGAAACUACACUUUCAACGAAGUCUCGCAAUAUUGCCAAAUCUCUGAGAACAAUAUUUAUAAUAAAAGGCCUCACGACAUCGUAGUCUCGCUUCUGGGACAUAAUAACGACAUGACAUGCCCCAAAGUUGCUUCACUUGUUGCUGCUGCGAUAACAACUGUUGAUGAACUGGCUGCAAAAUCAAACUUUAAUGUACAAGAUGAUGUCAGUUUGUUAACGAUGUUUGAAGAUAAAUUUGAGCUGCCAUGGCCAAAGAUUGCAUGGGCAGUGAAUGCCUCGCUAACCGACUGGCCCGUAUUGGGUGCAACAUCUCUGUCCAAUAUCUCCACCCUGGUAUCAAAAUCCACAGGCGAAUUAAAGCGUCUUAAAUCAUUCAGGGAAAUAACAAGUCAGCUAUUAGCCCUUUCACCAAAUUCUUAUACUACGCUGUUAAACGACUACCGGGCUAAGCUAGUCAGCAAAGCAUCCAGUCUCUUUCACGUCAACUCCUCCAAGUUGUGUGAUAACUGCAGCAUCGUGAAUUUAUUGUGGAAAUCGCUCACACAGCUCAAUUCUCAAAUUGAUUUUGAUCUCCAUAAUCUCCCUCAUGAAUUGAAGGUUUCUUCCUACGAGUUCAACUUAACUCUUCCAUCGCAGUGGUCACUGAUAGUAUUUCCAAUAGUAAAAGGAGCCUACGCUAAAGCUGCUCUAUCGCUAGAGAUGUCCCCUACUCGCUUGUCAAUUCUCCUGGAUAUCCAACCUCCAACUAUCGAAAAUAUGACUGUCAAAGAUUUCCAUGAUGUCUUAAAGCAGUCUAUCCAGCCCUUGAUUUCUGCCAAGACCGCUUUGAUGAAAUCUUCGUUGAUGGACCUUAUCACCGCCAGUGGAAAUAAUUUUUCAGCCCUGAGGAACGACAGUGUCUUUGAUCUCAUCGACUCACUUAUUAAUAUUCCUAUUCAGAAUCUUACCUUCAUCUUCAACUGGACGGCAGAACAGCAGGCCAUACUCAAGAAUUAUACUCUGGAUGAUAUGAUUUAUUACAGGGGAGAGAAAGUUGGUAAUGAAACCCUCUUCACUUUGGUCAGCUUCGUCUUUAGGGAAAAUCUACCCCCGCGUACCCCAACACCGCCAACGUUACCCCCGUGUAAAAGAGGAUUGGUCAGGGAAGGAGAUAGCACAGAAUGCAAAGAUAUCGACGAGUGCGGCUCUGGAGUGUGUAGCAAGGACAGUCAGUGUCAAGACUAUCAUGGGGGUUUUGAGUGUGAAUGCAAAGUUCCCGGCCAUUUUAAAGCUAGUUUCAAUGAGACAUGCAAACCUUGUAAGACCUUUAGAGGCACUCUGACCAUUUCAAACAAGGUAUUUGGAUUAUCCCUCAAGAACAAAGCAUCAGGGGGUUACUUCGAUUUCAAGGAAGAAUUUGAAGCGACGAUGAAUCAAGAAUUUAGGAAAUCAACAGUAAACCAAUAUUACUACGGCUGUAGAGUCAACAACUUCAGGAACGGUAGCGUCAUCGUUGACUUCCUAAUCUUCACAAGUCCACAGUUUUCUGGGUCCUUGCAGGAUUUACAAGAUGCCCUGGCAUCAAGAUUCAAUAAUUCACAUCUCGGCACAUUGAAAGUCAAAUAUCCUGAAAUUAUAGAUUUUGACGAGUGCGCAGCUCACCGCGAUGAUUGUGGCCAACAUGCGAGCUGCGUGAACACGGAAGGUUCUUUUGACUGUAAAUGCAAUGAUGGCUACGAUGGGGAUGGUAGAAAGUGUGAAGCGGGAUUUUUUAAGACUAUGUGGUGGACUGUCAUCGUUGCAGCAUUCCUUCUUCUAAUAGUGGUUAUCAUUGUGGUAUGUUUGGUGGUAAAGAGACCCAAACCCUCUGGAAGAUAUGGUCUAGAAACAGAUGCUUCUCUUUCAAACAAGUACAACAGACGGAACAGCGGUGCCAGCAAAAUAUCGUACCGUACUGGUGACGUUUAUUACAAGGAUAAAGAUGGGAAAAUGCGGCCGGGCACUGCGCAUAGCUCCAGCUCCCAGGAGAAUGGGAGAUCCCACCCACCACACUUUGUUGACGAUGAGGAGGACGACAACGAAAAAUUUGAGCCAAGUGGCACGAUGAGAGCUAAAACGCCGUUUGAGCUGGCAGUUGAAAAGAACUCCAGAAAUGGAAACGUCUAUGAGCAGAGGACCGAGUUUCAGUUGUCUGAACUGCCUUCAAACGGGGCUAAUGGAGGAGUACCGUCCUCCGUUGAGAACUAACAGUGAAUUGAAAAAAAAAGGACUAACAGUGAUAAUAAAUGCAAAAA